AUGGCAAAUAUUUUUUCGACAACUACUAUUUCUUCUCAGGUUAGAAUUUCGUGCUUGGCUUCAUCUAUUCGGAAGGAAGCGCUACCUCCCCGUAUCCAACUUUUUGUUUGGUUGUUGGCUCGCAAUCGCAUUUCUUCUAACGUGACUUUUGUGAGAAGAGGUAUUUUUGCUACUGACCUUAUUUUGUGCUCCUGUUGUGAUAGUGAGGAAUCGACAAUUUAUAUUGUUCUCCAUUGUAAGUUGGCUUGGAGUUUUUGGAAUCUGAUUUUGGACAGCAGCAACGUUACUUGGGUGGCCUUGUUUUCUCUUGAGAAUUUUUUCUUGCAAUGGAUUGGUUUAACUUCGGGUAGACAUCACUCUAUUUGGAUGCUUAUUUGGUUUUUUGGCAUUUGGUAUCUAUGGAAAGUGAGAAAUAAUCGAAUUUUUAAGGAAGAAUCAGCGAACAUUCAGAUUUUGGUUUUCUUAACUGUUUGCAAGGCAGUGGAAUAUCAUCGAACUAGGAAUCAGAGUUUCCCUUAUUCCGUAAAUGAUGUUUAUCGUUCUAUUGAUUUUUGCUAUAGUAAUUUUUAUAGUUGA